AUGGAAUCAGAACAGAGCAAAAAUAGUAAAGAGAUGGAUGAUAUAAACAGGGCAUUUUCCGAAUUGUCUUCAUAUCAUUCUGGGACAUCAUUAGUCUCCAGUGAUCUUUCUAGUGGUGACACCGGCACUAGCGGUGAUGGUAGCAGUUCAGAGGAGGGGUCUACCGUAGAUGAAGACGACUUCACAACCGAUGACUCUGAUUUUGCUGAAUUUGUACGUCUUCGACCUGAAGACCGAAGAUGGAUUGAUGCAGCCUGGACAUACUUUGAUCGAGAACCUGUGUAUCGAAGACAAUUGAAGCCUGUAAAGGUGGUGAGAAAAAUGCGCGCAAAGAUCAGUAGCAAAGCGAGUUGGACAGAAUUACAGCAUGAGUACAACCUGCGACAUCCUCUAUGCACUGAUGGGAAGACUAUAGAAGAACUGAGGAAACUAUCCCUUGAUGCACGCUACAUGCCCUUACCAGAUCUCACUGUUUAA